AACGUCACAACAAACUUCUGUUUUGAAUGCCGGACGUAAAAUUCUGUAUCAUCUUUUUAAUCUGCACGCCAAAUUAUCAAACACUAAGUUAUUACGCCCAGCUGGUUCGAAGUGCCACCAGUAAAUACAGUGAAAUAUGUCUGAUUCAGAUACGACUGAUUCAGACUGUGGUGUGCGGUAUAAGACGACUACUACAAGGCACAAACAUUCAAGCACGGCACCUUCAUCUUCGAGGAACCACUCAGAACGCUCAUCGUAUCGUGAAGAUCACCAUAGCAGCUCGUCACGAUACUCCGAUCGACGCCGGUAUCGAAGAAGCCGAAGCAAAAGCCCCGAUCGUAGCCGUCGUCGUCGAAGAUCGCGUUCUACGGACUCUUCGUCACGGGCACGAUCCAAAAAUUAUGACGUCCCUCGUUCGUCAAAACACGACGAUUCGCCACGAAAAGAAGCUGUCCGUGAGAAAAAAGGGGAAAUGCUUGAUAUUUCCGUGUCUUCCGUGUCGUCACAAGAUGAACAAUCAGAACAGCAGCAUGCCACCGAGAACAAUACAUCUAACGAGUGUUUUGGGCCAGCCCUGCCACCCAGCACAUUGACUAAAACAUCCAAUAUGGAACACGAAGCACCGGACGCCACGCGCAACCCGGAUGAUUUGAUUGGACCGGCGUUACCACCACAUUUACUAAAUCGUCAAGUAAACCAUACCGAUGAGCCCGCCGUAACGGAACCUCGGCGCAUAGGGCCUACAUUACCGCCAGGAUUCAACCCGCAAGCGUCUGACAAUGAGCACGUAUCAUCUGAAUCGGAGCUCUCACCAUUUUCCGAACCGGAGGAGGAAGAAGAGGAUGCAGAGGAAAUUGAGGACACUAUUGGUCCUUUACCCGGCACAUCCGGCUCACGAGCCAAUGUAGAGUUGGAGCAACGUGCAUUAGAGCUAAAGAUUCGGCAGAUGGAAGAGGCAGCAGCAUUUGCUAACGGGAGUGGAUCGUCGACCAUGCCGAAAGCCCGCGAAGACUGGAUGCUGGAGUUGCCGGAUAUUCGCAAGAUUAGCGAUAUGGGACUUGGCGCGAGGCAGUUCCGUACGCGUGAAAAGCUUGAAAUUGGCGAUCGCACUGUUUGGACGGACACGCCGGCCGAUCGGGAGCGGAAAAAGAAGGCCAGCGGUUCGGAGCGAUCGUCCAAGCAAGUCGAUGCUGAGACGGAGCGGGAACGGGAGCGUGAGCGAUCGCUGAUCGCCAAACGGGACAAGGAGCAGGAAAAGAUGGUAAAACAGCAUAAGAAGAAACACAAACGAGACAAAACAUUGCUGGAGAUACAUCAAACUAAAAUCAAGAAGGAAAAGAAAGCAUCUAGUGAUAGUUCCGAGCCAACAAGAAGACCGUUCGAUAGGAACCUAGAUCUGCAUGCUAAUCGCUUUGACGAUGCACAAAAGAAAGCAAUCAUGAAGAAAGCUCAGCUGCUAAAUUCACGAUUUUCCAGCGGCAGCUCGAAAUAUUUAUAAACAUUUCUCAUCCAGAUGAACCAUUUCCGGCAUUUCGUGGACGAAUAGUGAUAGUGUUAUAAAUUGUGUACGGCGGUGCAUAUUUUAUACGUUUUACAUUAACAAACAUUAUAAACCAUUUUUAUGUUUAAUAAAUAUAAAAUAAGGAUG